CCUUCCCUUUCAGACCUACUGCAGUCUAAAGACAUGGACCUAUAUUUAGACAUUCAUUUAAACACAUGAAUAAAUGAAAGAAAAUGUUUCAACACUUCUGUCUUUCAGAUGACUCCAAGGAUCAGCAUGAAUACUUCAUGUUCUCUGACUUCUGGUGUUAUAUACCAUCCAGAAACCCAGAGGAGGUGCAGUAUCUGAUCGACUGGUACUUCAACAUGGAGUUUACCAUGCAGUACAACAGCUCUGCUGGGGGGUGGACGGGCUUCACUCCAGCUGGAUUCAUCACAGCAGCUGCAUUCAAUGCAGACAAACACGACGUUUUCCAGAGAGUGUUGGAGAGAAAACUUGUGUGUCAAAGAAGUGUUGAGAUCAUUUAUGAAAUGACAGAGAAAGCGACAGUUGAACCCAGUGUAAGUCUCCAGGUAUUUGAGGACGAUAACUCCAUGCUCGAGUGCAGCGCUCUGGAUUUCUACCCCAAAGACAUCAGGCUGACGUGGUUCUCCAACGGACAGGAAGUGACUGAAGGUGUGACUUUUAGUGAAGUGUUGCCAAACGGAGAUUGGACCUAUCAGGCUCACACAUACCUGACGUUAACACCUGGACAGCAGAACCACAUCAGCUGCAUGGUGGAGCACGCCAGCCUCAAAGAGACCAAUAUUUAUAACUGGGAGCCUUCAAUGAACCGAACUGAUCUCAACUACAUCAUCGUUGGAGUCUGUGCUUUGCUAUUAGGAGCAGUGUUCCUGUGCGGGGGAGUGAUCUACGACAAACGGAAACGGAGAUCACUGACUGUCUGAAGUCCAAUCUUUCAAUAUUAUUAAAAAGUGUUAAAUACUUAUACGGAAUAUAUUUGUAUAGCACUGUACUACCUUCCAUGAAGGCCCAAAGUGCUUUAAAUUCACUGAUGGUGGAUAUCUAUCACAGCAGUGCGAGUACAUAGUGUCAAAUCUGGCUUGUGUGUAAUACGAGUAUGGUUGAGUACAUUUUGCUACUUAUUUUUAAUGGUUGUUAAUUAAUUUCUACAGUAUUUUUGUUUCACUGCUUAUUUUUUUUUCCUCAGUAAAAACUCCACUAGGGUGAGGUGUAGCAAAUUAGCUAUGGCUAUAAACACUGUAAUACAAGCAUCAGAUUGUUCCAAGGCAAUGAUCUAUAUUCUUUUGUAUUUGUCCCUAUCAAAUAAGCAAUAGUUAACGUUUCUAUGGCAAGAAGAUGUUAAGAAAAGGUAUCAGAGCCAGAAUAUUUAUUCUGACCAAAAGAAUGACUGAGUAUUUACUGCUUAUUUCUCAAAAGAAGUCAAUGUAAUUCAGAAUUUUUGGAGCCACAGGUAUUUUCUAUUUGGAAUGGGAGGGGGGAUGGGUCACUCUGUCCAGUUCUCAAUAUACAGUUUAUGUUUUUACAAACCCAGUUACCAUGCAGCACGGUCUGUGUACGUUUUACUGUUUUGAUUUCCCAAUUUUACCAAAGCCUAGAGCAGGGGUCUGUAACCCGAGGCUCUGGAGCCACUUGCGGCUCCUUUAUUCCUUUGGCUUUGAAGAGAACUUCAAACUUAACUAAUUAAUUAUUUUUUGUUUACAUUUUUGACGUGUCAGAUAGGCCUAACUGAUCAAAAUGACAGUAAAAGGUUUCAUCUACUGUCAAAAUGGUUUAUAAUCAGAGUGACAUUAUUUUAUUGCACUAACAUGUAUAGAUUUCAAAAUAAUUUGGAUUCUACACUAAUGUUGUCCUGUUUUUGUUUUGUUUUUUUCAAAAGGCUGAAGGAAUACAAAAGUUAAUAACAGAUAGUCUCAUGUUUCUUGCAUUUUAAUGAAAGUAAAUCUGCUGCAGUUGGAGAAUCUGACUAAACAUAGGAUGUGUUUUAUUUUGAAAGGAACUUUGAUAUGCCAUUGUCAAAAGCAGAAGAAGUUAAAUUUGUAAUAUAUAGAAAAACUCAGUUGUUAAGAACAUUUCAAAGCUAUAUUUUAUAAAUGAAUGGCUUAAUGGCCACAAAAGCAUACAUAAAGUGCAUUUUUUGUGAUUUUAAGAUGAAACUUUGAGGCUUUCGCUGAGAUUCGGUGCAUAAGAACCUGAACUAAAGGGCCUAGAGAAACAAGACCCAGCAGCACCACUUUUGUCUCAUUGUUCUCUAGCGUUAUAAUGACACAGGUCAGAACACGAGACAAAGUCGCUGCCCAGGGGAGCUCUUCAAACACAAUGUGGAAGCGUACUUCCUUAUCGUUGCUAUUGAACGCUAGAUUUCUGUUCUUAAUCUGUUUCUUACGUGUCCAUCUGUAAGUUUAGUAAACUUCCUCCACUUUGUGGUAUGAAUAUUUCGUUAAUCAGAAGCUUAUUUUGGUGUGUUUUCAGAAUAAGAUUGCUUUUUGCACUUUCUUAGAAAUUUGAGCUUUUUUCUUUUGAUAUUUGACCAGGCUUUUUGUUGCAGAUUUUUAGUGUUUUGAACUUACUGUAAGAGAGAUUUAAGCAGUUACUGUUUUUUUCAUUACCUGUGACAAUAAAUAUAAAAAAUGCUGCUUAUCAUAUUUUAACCAAUGUAAGUUUGAGACAUUUGUUGCAUGUCAAAUUUAUUGUAAUAGCUUAUUACAACUUAUAAUGAUGUAAUUAAUUUUCUCAAAGAACCACUCUGAUGCAAACUGUAGGGUUUUUUGUGUUUUUAAAAUGUUCUUGAUGUAUUUUAUGUCGAUGGAGGUCACACAUAAAGACAAUUAAGUUCAAAAUUGCAUUUAUGAGUAUUUUAUUCAAAUAGUUGUGAAUUGAGAGCAGAUGAAAAAUGAGCUAAUUUGUGAUGUUUAAAAUGCACUUGGCGGGCAGCAAUCUCCCUGCUCCACUCCAUUCUGAUGCAUUCACUUGUAGACAAUUAGAAUUAUUAAAGAAAUUCAGAAUUUCUCUAAUAAUUCAGUAUCAAAUCAAAUGUUAUAGUUAAAAAAAGUGAUUUUCUUGCUUUGAGUAGCUCAAGUGUUCCCUUUAUUAAAAAGAAAGCUGUGCUGGUUAAUCUUUGACUUUAUAGCAUCACACCAAAAAAGCAAUGUAAGGAUUUAAAACAUUUGUAGAAAAAACUACAAGCAGAUUCUGCAGCCUAUAACAGAUCUAAGACAUUAGUGCAGUUUCUGACCAAUGUUUACCUUCUUUUUUGUUAUAAAAAAUAUAUAAACUGAGAAACAACAUUAAAAGAAAAACAAAAAAUAUAUAUUUAAAGUGAUAAUAAUAGUAAUUAGAACAUGCUAUUGAUGGGAUUUCCUCUGACACUUGCCUAUUUUUACCUUUUUUAUAUAUGAAAAAAUGUUUUUUGAAAAAAAUGAACAAAUCAAGGUAAACCUCAGCAUUUUUAAGCCAGUAACACAAUGCUUACACACACUAGACACAGAUGAAGCAGAAAACUCCAUCUCCAUGGAGACAGUAAACAGAAGGCAGCCACACAGCUGAAACAUUAGCCGGACAGUGGAGAGGAACCGAACACUCAGGACAGAUGGCGAAUUCCCAGCAAACAUCCAAACCCGUCAACUUUGUGCAUCAGGAUGAAAUCUGGAAAGCACAUCUAAAAACUGAGAAGGAUUCAGCAGACCUCUGGCCCCACAAAUGGGGCUUCCUGGCUGAUGUCUACAAGGAGUAUGAAGAGGAGCAUGCAAAGCUGAUGGAGACCGUAAAUGGAGGUCCUCUUCAGAGUACCACCAGACCUCAAACCCCUCCAGGAAAGAACGUACACGUCGAGCCGUCCCCUCCCAUUCCUAAGACGAGUCAGGGUUUCAUUGGUUGGCGUUCCGGUCAUGCACAUCUUCAGCUGGAGAAACAUAACACGGUCAACCACAGGAGGCGUCGCCUUAAUAAAGGGACUUGCAGCUAAAUGGGACCUACUGCAACCAAUGACUGCAAUCAAUGUCUCAACUUGUUACUAUGUCUGAGCUAAAAGUGAAUUAUAAUACACACAACAAUGGUAAAAA